UGCAAAAUGUCCAUUUUUGGUGAAUAAUUAACAUAAUUAGCGGAAGCAACACCCUUUGGGGAUAAAUAAUUACCCAUUAUCGGAUUACAACUUGUGAUUUGAGACAUUUGUGAAUGCACUUUAUAUUUUCGCUAGUUGUAAAGUUUUGCCAGCGCAUUCGGGCAAUAGGAAAAACAGUAUAGAACUUCUCACUUAAAAGCGUUAAUAAACAUGAGCGAAACGGAAGAAUUGGCGAAGAAAUUAGCAAGACGAAACCAGAUCAACGAGGGCGAAGAUGUUCCUCGCAAACAAUUGGAGGUUUUCAAUCCAUAUACUGAAUUCAAAGAGUUCUCCCGCAAGCAGAUUAAAGAUUUCGAAAAGAUGUUUAAAACGUGAGUAUAGAUUGAUUAUAAGCUAUUCUGUUAAAUUUAUAGCUUUUUACUGAUACUUCAAUGAUUUUAAUCCUUGUGUAUUAAUAAUAUAAUGACUCUGUUAUGAUGUUAUCUGCAUGAUAUAUGUGGCAUUUUUGAUAUGCAAUUUGGUUUUCAUAUAUUUGACACACAGACAGACAAAUUAUGUCAUUUAAAGCCAAAUCUGAUAUUGUGUUUGAGCUAUUUUGUGCUUAUUAACUUGAAACUGUCUUUGUAAUGCGAUAUUUUUAGUUGUAUUUACGGGUUUUUGUUGGAAACAUUUACUAUGAUCAUGUGUUUAUUAAAUUUAGUCCAGAUUCAUGGCUGGGCAUUUUGUAAACACGGAAGCGGGGUUGGAGUCGAGUGAUCGCGCAAAAACAUUGCUUUAUUCCUGCCAAAAACUUGCCCAUCUUCGAGUUUUGCUUCGAAUUGUAUUAAAGUGAUUUGAUAUGGUGUUAUUGAAAAUGUGUGAAUGUUAAUAGUUUAAUAAGUAACAGAGUGGUUUUUAUUUCAAAAAUGUGGUGGAACUGGAAGUCAUAGCAUAACUUCCUGUUAAAAAUACCAUCUAGGGACUUCCUUGAGCACAGGCAAUUUCCUGGUAGAAAUUCUCUCAGACGGGGGCUUUUCUCUUCGAUAGCUGUACUGUUUAUUGGUCUAGUGUUAAUACAGGAGGAAUCUGGAAUUUACCUGGAGAAACCUAGCGUGUUUGAUACUCGAAUUGGAAGCACUCGUCGCACAUGAAACCAUUGAAGGUUUAAGGAAACUUGAUGCAGACAUAAUAGACUUUGUUAUCUAUGUUUUUGUUAUUGGUUGGUUGGGCAAAAAAACAAUACUUGAAUGAUGAACUGACCAUAUUUUGCAUAAACCAAGAGUCGAGACAAAAACAUAGAUAAUGAGGUCUAUAAUAUGUCUGCAUCAAGGUGAAAUUUUAAUCAAACAACCUGCAUAUUGAUGGUUCAGUGAGGUUAUAGGGUAGUAAAUGUUGAUACUUUUAGAAGCAAGCAAGUUAAAUUAAUUAAAUAAAUCUCUCUGUUACUGACUAGUGGUAGAAAUUAGUGUUUGCAUGUUUUUCACCAAGAAUACAUGGUGUGGACUAUCCUAUUCCUGUGUUGAAAUGCUGCAAGAAUAAUGUUUAAGUUGAUACAUUGCUUGUGUGCUUAACCCAUUUUGUUGCUUUGCACCCCAGUGUGUCACACCUACAUUGUUAGUUUACUCUGUACCACUGGUGAUUUUACUCCUCAAGGAGAGAGCACUUGUGUGCUCAAAGGGUUAAUCUGCCAUAUCCCAAUAUGCACAGUACUUUAUUAUUUUACUCUGUCUAACACCAGACAAUUUUACUACUAAUUGUCAAGGGGAGAGCACUGGCACUCAAAAUUGGGUUAAAAUUAAAUAUACUUUGGAAUUUAUGUUCUUCUCAGCUGGUAACUGAACAUAUAGCUCAUUAAAUAUGCAGGUUCACAGGUAAACUGCACACAAACCAAACUGUGCAUAGUGUUUAAUAGGCUGUUUUCAAUGAGAUCUUGGCAGUGCAAAAGUUGCAAAUCUUGAGGCAAGUUCAUGCCGAAAUUACUUUACAGUUUACAUGAGUAUUCUGAGUUCUGAAAUAUACUAAUAGUUAGAGGUAAUUGAAUCAAGAGCUUAAUACGGCAUUAAUAAGGACAAGGCUGAUUAUUUCACUGUAUGUUUAGAUAUGAUGUGAACAAUGAUAAAUUUUUGGACUUGAUGGAAAUGAAACUGAUGAUGGAGAAACUACAAGCACCACAGACUCAUGUUGGUUUGAAAAACAUGAUUGCUGAAAUUGAUGAAGACAAUGAUGGACAAGUCAGCUACAGAGAGGUAUGAAGAUUUGAUUAUUUGAUCAUCAGAAAUAAACUGAAAGGAUUAAUCAUAUUUAGGAGGUACUGAUCGAGAUGUUCACCCUUAUAUAGAGGGGUCUGCACUGCCGGUUCUGAAAUCCUGCCAUCCAGACCGAUUUUCACUUUAUACACUAGAAUACAAUAUAACGAAGUGUAAAAGUGAUAAUAAAUGCCUCUAAAUUGCGACUCUUAUGAGAGCCGUAAAUCAUUCAUGUAAAUCUGUUUUCUAUGAUCGGUCAGACUAUAAUCUGCGGACUGCAGACCGGACUGGGUACAAAAUGCAGACUGGGGGUAUAAAAUGCAGACUGAGGAUAAAAUGCAGACUGAGGAUAAAAUGCAGACUGGGGGUGAAUUAGGGAUAUUUUACAAAUGCCUGCCCUAGAACACCAUCACGUUGAAAAUGUAAAAUGAUAAUUUUAGUUUUUCCUUUAUCGUACUUACUCUUUGUCGUGGUCAUCGAUAUUAGGCAUCAAUCUUGAGGAAUUACCGCUGACUGAAAUUCAUAUAAGGCGCGAAGCAACACUUGUGGAUGAGGGGGGGGGGAGUAUGAUGGCAGCAGUCCCUAAUCAUGCUCCUAUUCGUAACGCUAAUCCUAAUGCAAUCGGUGGGUAUUUCAAAAACACCACUCAUUAUUCACACAUUUUUGAAAGUUCGAUCUGCAACAAAAGCAGUUGGCAUCCAAAACUGAUGAAAGUGACUAGCUUCAAAAUUAAUAUUAUCAACAAGAACGAUCACAGGACUAUGGCUUGGCGGGAAUUUUUGAAAUAUCCCUAAUUCACCCCCAGUCUGCAUUUUAUCCUCAAUCUGCAUUUUAUACCCCCAGUCUGCAUUUUGUACCCAGUCCGGUCUGCAGUCUGCAGAUUAUACUGACCAUUUCUAUGAUCCUUAGAAUAGAAUGGUAUUUCCUGCACUAGAAAGUGACAAGAGGCAAAGAUUGAAAUGUGUGCAUUCUUGGAAAUAUUUGUUUCUUAGUCUUCUGCCUCUGCUCCCCAAACAAUUGUUUUUGGUUUUGGAAGAGUUAAAGAAAUAUAAUCAAAAUUAAUGCAUUGACAAUUAAGUUGUAUUCCCAGAAUCAUGUUUCAUGUGGCUGCCCAGCUGCAUGAUGGUCAUUACCAUCAACAAACUCUUCAAUAAGCAUUUUUUAAACAUUUUUUAGUAGAAAUGCAAAAGAGAAUACUAAGUCAAUGGCUACUUUAAGUUCUAGUCUGCAUGAGGAAUAAAAUAAAAUAAUCGAACCAAAAUCUUUCAAGCUGAAUAUGAGUGCCGCAAAAGAAACAUGCUGAUCAUAUAACUAACAACACUAUAUUUAGAGAGAACAGUCCAUAUGCUAACAACCAAUUAUUUGAAGCUAAUGCAUAUUAAUGAAAAGAGAUAAUUCUCCAUUCUAAUACCCAGUGUAUUAGCAUAUACCAAGAAGCAUGAAUUUUCCAUGAGCCAAUUUAUUAACAAAAUCAUAACAGGACUAAUAUUGUAUUAUUAGUUCUUGCUAAUAUUCCGCAAAGCCGCGGCUGGAGAGCUUAUCGAAGGCUCUGGUCUCAGUGAACUGGCAAGAUUAUCAGAAGUUGAUAUCAGUGAUGUCGGGGUGAAGGGUGCCAAAGAUUUCUUUGAAGCAAAAGUUAACGAACUUGCGCAAGGUAAGAUAUAAUCUCAAACUCAUUAAUAAUUCACGAGUAAAUUAGCCAACCAUACAACCUCGUUCCCAGGCUCUUCCCUCUUGUUGAGGGAACAGCCUGGGAACGAGGUUGCCAACCAUAUUGCUUUAUUUUGCUCACAUAUGAUAAUACUGAUAUUGAUACCUGGUUAAGCAUAUCGAUCCAGUCCUAGGACUGGAUCAAAAUUAAUUCACCUCACUUUAAUAAGUAGUGAUUUACUUCUGUGAGGUGUCAUUUCAAAUCCUCCAAUUCGUACUGGAGUAGAUUUCUAGUCCUCACAUUUUUACCCAAUCCUCGGUUUCACCUCAGACUUGAAAUCUAGUCUAGUCCUCAUACCUGUAGUCAGAUUUGAAAUAUUUCUUGAGAUGUUUGUGAUGUUACUCUGAGUGUAUAUCCACACCGGGCAAGCUUGGAAAAUAUGCCUGGCCAUGAUGGGAAUCGAACCUACGACCUUUGGAAACUUUGGAACUAGUUAGACUCAGUUCCGAAAUAUCACAUACUCGAACCGACCUGACCGCGUAGUUGGCAGAGCAUUUGGGCUGGUACUCCAAAGGUCGUAGGUUCGAUUCCCACCGUGGCCAGGCAUAUUUUUCAAGCUUGCCCGGUGUGGAUAUACACUCAGAGUAACAUCGCAAACAUCUAUUCACCUGAGUACACAACACCAAAACAGAAAAAAAAAUACUUGAGGUAUUCCAAGCACAUGCUUUUUAACAGGUAACCAUGGCCAUUACUUUGUUAUGACCAUUGGGACCAGUCAGGCUUUACAGCUGUUGCAACCAUAUUGAUCUCCGUGACCAAGUACAUUAACUUUUUCAUUUCAUCAUAACUACAGGAAACAAGUUUGAAGCAGAGAUUCGGGCAGAACAAGAAGAGAAUCGAAAAAAGGCUGAAGACGCCAAAAUAAGAAAGCAACAAUUUAAAGAGAAACAAGCAGCCUUUGGUACUUCAUAAAGACGAAGGAAACUAAUAACAAAACGUAGAAAUAUGCUAGCCUAAUACACAAAGUAUUAAUUUUUAUAUAUUAUUAACCGAACAGUACUGUCUGUGCCUGUGGAGAGAAAUUAUUCAUUAGCUGAUUUCACUAAGCAUUAUCGUACAGCAAAUGGUGAUCAAACAGUAUUCGUCAGAGUAAUGAAAUAAUUUUAAUUUUUUGUAUUUUUAUAGUUGUACUAUUAAACAGAGUCGAGAUUUAGUUUAUAAAUUUGAUGUUUGUAUAUUAAGCGGUUCUUGACUAUAAGACGAAGUUGACCACUAUUUGUUGUUCUGUAAAGCUUAUUAAAACCACAGUUUAAACGCACCAAUACAUAUCGGGUGUAGCACGGAAAAAGUAAUCCACAAAUAAUUUAUUAUUUUGGUAGUUUUUUGUGCAGAGAAUAAAAGAAAGGUUUUGCUAUAUCGUGCACUUUAAAGAAAU